GGAGGCCGCCGCCCGGGAGGGGGACCCACAGGCCCCGGAGAGCAUGGAGGAGUCACAGGGGGCACCCAGCAGUGGGACCACCUCCCCGCCCGAGACCAACCCUCGGCCCCCAGCCGGGGGGCCCAGCACAAGCUCCAAGCCGAGAGCCCGUUCGGCCGUCACCAAGAAGAGGGCCCGCCGACCGCCACGGGCCAGCAACCCGGGCUACCUCAUCCAAGAGACCGAGGGCAUGCUGUUGGUCAUCUCCGACUUAGGCGAGGGCGGCCCGCGCCAGCCUCGGAAAAGGCCCCGCCGGCCCGAGAGACCCCAGCGGCCGGGCCCCCCGGUCCGGCGAGCCCGGAGCCGAGGGGAGAAGCCAAGGGCCUCGAGGCGGGGGCCGGAACGAGAGGCGUCCCUCCCCCUGGACAUCAACGCCGCCCCCGAGCCGGGCUGGGGGGAGCGGCUCCCCGUGGAGCUCCUGGUGCGGAUCUUCCAGACCGCGGUGGCGGAGGACGGGGCGGUGCCUUUCCUCUGCAGGGUUGCCCGGGUGUGCCGCCGUUGGUACGAUGCAGCCUCCCAUCCGUUGCUUUGGCGCAAAGUUUCCAUUGCCCCCCCCAAAGCCCUGACCCCACACCCCACCAAGAGGAUCCUCGUGGCCUUACAGUGGCUAGUGCCCAACAGGUUUUCACUACUUCGGGAGUUUUCUCUCUUUCACUGGAAGAGUCACGUGCCUCUGAUCCUGAAGGCAGUGAGCGAGUCCUGCCCACACCUCAUGUCCGUCAGACUGGACCACUGCCAGGCCGUAAGCACCGAGGCUCUCGGGGCACUGGCUGAGCGCUGCUCCCAACUCACCAGCCUCAACCUGAAGAACUCCCAGGUGGAGUCGGUGGCCGUGGUGAGCUUCCUGGAGGCGGCCGGCCUGCGGCUGCGGGACCUGCAGCUGACAUACAGCAGCCGGCUGAACGCUAUCGUGACGACCCUGUCGGGCGGCUGCUGCCCGGAGCUGCAGCUGCUGGAGAUUGAUACGGGGAUCCAGCCCAACAGCCAACACUUCCAGCUGAACAUCGAGGGGCUCCAGGCCGGCUGCCCAAGCCUACAGGUCCUGCGCCUGCUCAACCUCAUCUGGUCCCCCAAGCCCCCAUCGCGGACGGCGUCGGUGGGCCCGGGCUUCCCGCACCUGAAAGAGCUCUGCCUGGCCACCUCCGCCCACACCUUCGUCACUAACGAGGCCCUGGCCCGCCUUCUGUGCCGCUCCCCUCACCUGCGGGUGCUCGACGUCCGGGGCUGCUCCCGCCUCACCCCCGCCGGCCUGUACAGCCUGUCCUGCCCGGAGGUGGAGCAGCUGCACUGGGGCCUGUACUAUGCCGACGUGGAAGUGGCCCAGCCCCAGAAGGACUGUCACCUGCUCACCUGGAAGUGGCGAGGGCUACGGGAGCUGGAUCUCAGCGGCCAGAGCUUCCGGGAGGCUGACCUGGAGCAGGCCCUGGCGGCCUUCACGGACGGAGACCCCGAGCGCAGUCCCGCCCUGCACUCCCUCAGCCUCAAGGGCACCCGGGUCACUCUGACCAGCGUCAGCACCUUGAUCAGCAGCUGCCCAACCCUGACCUACCUCAAUCUUUCGGCCUGCCGUUACAUGCCGCGGGGCAUGAAGAGAGUGUACCGGGGCCCGGAGGAGCUCCGCCAGUGCCUGGAUCAGCUCCUCAGCAGCACGGCCACUCGGGAACCAACUUAGGACCCCGAUGCCGCCUCAGUGGAAGGGACAGGGGAAGUUUACCCCUCUUCCCCAGAUCAGGGGAAGCCGAGGGAGCGCCAAUUUGAGACCUCCAGCCCAGGCCCGGAAAGAGAACAUCUGCUAACUUUCCCUCUUCGUCCUGUCUUCCCACCCCCGCAGUUUCUACACAUUUCAGGUUUUGUAAAACGGAAAUUAAAACUUCAA